AAAAUUCAAGCUUCUUCAACCCUAAAAAAACCCCCCAAACGCUCAUGGUGGCAGCUCUUCAUUCCGCCAAAACCGUUCCAACGGCCCAACCUAAAGGACUCUUCUCCUUCCUCUCCUCUGCUUCGAUUCGUGCACGCAUUUGCGUACACGCACACAACACAGUCUUUAUACAGUGAGAUGCUCUACGGCGAUGCAGAAGCUACUGCGCAGAAGCUCCGCCGCCCCGCUUAUCCCACCCCAUAGUAGCCUCCUCUCUCUACCCCUCUCUUGUUCUACCUUUCUCUCUCUAGGCUCUUGGGGUGGCGGCCCUCCCAAAACUAUCCAAAAAAUGUUAUCUUCCGCUCAUUCACCGCUCCCCUCUCGCCCUCUGCACCGGCCCGCGAACCACUUAUCGUCCGCCGCGAGUCAGACCUUCGGAGUCGCGAAAAUGAGCCCCUCCGGUUGCUCGUUCGAGGGCGGCGGAAUCAGUACGGCCCUGUCGAAGCCCUGGGUGGUUCUGAAACAGCAGAACAGAUGGUUCACCACGGUUGCCGCAAAUUCGAGCGAGGGCGGCGGGUCUCCGGUGGCGGAUGGUGAUGUGGAGAAUGCGGAGAGCGUGGAGGAGAGGAAAGGGCCGAGGAGGCAGAGGAGUGGGGCCGGUGGGGGCGGCACUGUGGUGGGCCCGGAUUUGCUGGCCAUUCCAGGAGUUGGGCCGAGGAAUUUGAGGAAGCUUGUGGAGAAAGGAUACGAAGGCGUGGCUCAGCUCAAGAAGCUCUAUAAGGACAGGUUUUUUGGUAAAUCCAGUCAGAAGAUGGUAGAGUUCUUGCAAAGCUCGGUUGGGAUCGUGCACAAGAACCACGCCGAGAGCAUAACAAUGUAUAUUAAGGAGAGUGUAGAUGAGGAGCUGAAGGAAACUCCCACUCGAAAGAAGAGAAUCACAUUGUGCGUUGAAGGAAAUAUCAGUGUCGGGAAAAGCACGUUCUUGCAGAGAAUAGCAAAUGAAACCCUCGAGCUUAGAGACCUUGUGGAGAUUGUUCCGGAACCAAUCGACAAGUGGCAGAAUGUGGGCCCCGACCGCUUAAACAUAUUAGAUGCGUUUUAUGCUGAGCCUGAGAGAUAUGCCUAUACAUUCCAGAACUACGUGUUCGUUACAAGGGUCAUGCAGGAGAGAGAAUCAUCAGCUGGCAUUAAGCCCCUCAGACUAAUGGAAAGGAGUAUAUUCAGUGAUAGGAUGGUAUUUGUAAGAGCUGUACAUGAGGCAAAGUGGAUGAAUGAGAUGGAAAUUAGUAUCUAUGAUUCAUGGUUCGAUCCCGUUGUUUCGAGUUUGCCUGGUCUUAUUCCUGAUGGGUUUAUCUACCUGAGAGCAAGUCCCGACACAUGCCACAAGCGUAUGAUGAUGCGCAAGAGGACAGAAGAAGGUGGGGUCUCCCUGGAUUAUCUGCAAGGCUUGCAUGAGAAGCAUGAAAGUUGGCUUUUCCCAUUCCAAAGUGGAAAUCAUGGAAUCUUGUCCGUGAAUAAACUACCCAAAGAUGUGGAUUGGUCAUUGAUUCCUAAUAUUAAAGACCGUGUGUUUUAUUUGGAUGGUGAUCAUAUGCACCCAAGCAUUCAGAAGGUUCCUGCUUUGGUUCUUGACUGUGAACCUGACAUUGAUUUUAACAGGGAUAUAGAAGCCAAGCAGGAGUAUGCUCGGCAAAUUGCAGAGUUCUUUGAGUUUGUGAAGAAGAUGAAAGAAGCUUCCGAUGCAAAAAGUGGAGACGAGGCAGAAAAGGGCAAGCAAAGUCCAUUAUUUCUACCACAUCGUGGAAAUCUAUGGAUGCCGGGUACUCAGCCGUUUUCAGAUUCGGCCCUCAAGCCACUGGAUUUCAGACAAUCCAUGUCGAUCUUGUCUCCAUAG